ACUCCCCUCUCUGCAUUGCAUCUCUCCGCUCUCACCCAAACCCUCACAUCUAUACUUACAUACUUACUUACAACCCUCAAUCUCACCUUAAUUACGCCCACAAAUCACUUCAAUUGCUUCAUCUCCACCUUAAUUAAUCUCUCGCACAUGCGAAAUGAGGUCUGGUGGUGAGGCGUCGCGGCAAGUGAACCCUAAGGCCAUCGACUUCAUCUCAGCAGUUAGUACUUUGCAUGGCCAUAAUUGUCACGAUCUUGGUAAACUGCUCAAGGAGUCGAACAAUAAUACACUGAAGCUAAACACUGAAUAUGGGUCCUCAAUACAGAUUGAUAUUGAAGAACUUGCCAAACUUCCAAUUCACCUUAUGGCUAAGCUUGUACAGUCGGAACUGGAUGAAGAGAUUUUAAGAUAUGCACUGUUUGGAAUCCGCCUUAUACGUAACCUUUAUGACGCAACCCCUCGACACAUUAAACUGGAGCAGAUAAUGCUGGAUGACAUCCCAUUGUUAAAGCAAUUGGUCCAGCUGAUCUUCUAUGUACUAAUCUCACUGAAUGGUUAUCUGAAGGCCAAUCAACCUUCAACUCCUGUUAUGCUGUUGCAUUCUACAAUUGUAGGCAGCAGUCUACUGCUCUUCGAUAAAUUUGUAUCCCGUCAACAGUCGGAGGUUGCUAAUAUAAUUGUUGGUCAUCCAAAGGUAGACGUAUUUAUGGAUGCAGCUUUUUCUGCAGUUCGUGCAUAUGUUGAGGCUCUUCAUAUAAAGAUAUCUGGGGAAAGUAACAAUUAUUCUGAUUCUAUAUCAGAAGAGUCAAUAAAGCACCUUUGUGUGCAAUGUGAAGUUUCGUUGACGUUUCUGCAUUCAUUGUGCCAGCAGAAAAAUUUCAGAGAUCGCCUUGUGCAGCACAAGGUAUUAUGUGGACAAGCUGGCAUUCUCUUAUUGGUACAAGCUGUUUUGAACUUGGACAUAUCACCAUUUCCUGAUGCACAUUUUGUUGGAGGGGCUUUAUCCAGAAUGAAGUCCAGAGUUCUUUCCAUAAUGUUGCAUCUUUGUGAAGCAGAAAGCAUAUCUUACCUGGACGAGGUUGCUAGUACUUCAGAAAGCUUGACUUUAGCCAAAUCUGUUGCUUUCAAGGUUCUUGAAUUACUCAAGACACUGUUUAGUAAAACUCAAAAUGAGCCAAGUACUUGUUCGGAUAAAGAUAUUCCAAAGGGACAUUUGCAACUUUAUGCUAUGCGGCUUGCAGAUGUAUUUUCAGAUGACUCAAAUUUUCGAUCUUAUGUUACACUUCACAUUACUGAGGUGUUGACCACCCUUUUUUCACAUCCAAAUGGAGAAUUUUUAUCUAGUUGGUGUUCCUCUGACCUGGCUUAUGAAGAAGAUGCCACACUGGAGGCUGACCCAUUUCUGGCUGCUGAAUCAGUCUUCAAUUUUCUCUCUUCAAAGCCCACACCUGUGACGUGUUCACAAUACGCCUUCAUUCCUUGUAACAUGCCACGGGCUUCAUAUGCUCAUCAAAGAACAUCUUUACUGGUCAAAGUAAUUGCAAAUCUUCAUUGUUUUGUUCCAGAUAUUUGCAAAGAGGAGAAAGAUCUCUUCCUUAGCAAAUUUUAUCAGUGCUUGCUAACGAGGCUUUCUAAGACAUCUGAUGAAUUGUUUUGUAACUCUGUUGCUGAAAAAGUUGCAUGUAUCAGCAAAAAUUUUCAUUCCUUGUUAAGUCACGCAGAAUCUUUAAUUCCAAGCUACCUAAAUGAGGAGGAUGUGGAACUUUUGAGGACAUUUAUUAACCAGUUAGAACCACUGUUGAGGACUCUUGAUGAGAAAGUGGCUCAGAGCACUGGUGGAUGCUCAUCAGUCCUUUCUGUGAAAGCUUCUCCAGCUCCAGAUCAUAAUAAUGGCAUUAGUGACCUGAAAGAGGGAGUUUGUAAAGAUUCAGCUCUACAGGAAGUAGACCAGUCCUAUGUGGGCAAGGGCAGUGAUCAAGCUGAUGAUGAAUCGAGAGAAUACAGGAGUAGAGAUAAAGAUAAACCUGGUAGGAUUGCAGCAUGUGGUUUGAGAGAGAAGAUUGCCCAAAAUGUUGAAACAAGUGGAUCUGAUUCUAGCGACACUCGGGGAAAGAAUUUCAUUGACCAAAUUGAUGAUGUUCAAGACGACGAAAAGGCUGGAAAUAUCAAAUUUGCGGAGCAGCAGCGAAGGAAACGGAAACGGACAAUAAUGAAUGAUAGACAAACUGGCAUGAUGGAGGAGGUGCUCAAGGAUAAACCUGAUAUGCAAAGACAUAGAGAUGAACUUCAGUUGUGGGCUGAUCGGUUGAGUGAACAUGGCUCUGAGGUGACAGCGUCCCAACUAAAAAACUGGCUGAACAACCGCAGAGCCAAGCUCGCACGUGUGGCUAAAGAUGUUCGUGGACUACCAGAAGGGGACAAUUCUCAUAAUGACAAACAAGGUGGGUCAGGGGUAACGGUCCUCAAUGGAUCUUCUGAGACUCCUGUGGAGGAUCCCUGUCUUCCAUGGGCUCAAAAAGCAGGUAUCCGAACUGAAACUGGUGGAAUCAUACCAAGAACUAACUGCAAUAAAAACCCCAAAAAUGUGGUCGCAGAAUUGGUUGAUAUAGCCCCCGUGGAAGGGCAAUAUGUCAUGGUUGUAGAUGGGCAAGGAACAGAAGUUGGCAAGGCAAAAGUGUUUCAAGUGAAUGGUAUAUGGCUUGGAAAAAAUUUAGAGGAAUUAGGGACAUGUGUUGUGGACAUCAUUGAGCUGAAGGGAGAGAGAUUGACAAGGCUUCCACACCCAUAUGAAGACACAGGAACCUCGUUUUAUAAUGCAGAGAAACAACAUGGGGUGAUGCGAGUAUUGUGGGAUACUAAGAAACUGUUUGUUUUGCAGUGGAGAUGAUAUUUGGGUCCACUACUUUGGUUCAGUAUGGUAAGAAUUUUAUGCUGCUGCUAACUUUCUGGAACUGUACAUCUAAUCACUAAUAUCAGAAGUUUGCCUUUGCAUCAGCAAAUCCUGAAUAUUUGGACAGUAGAACUGCUUCAUAAUAGUUUCAAUUUGCAUGAUCGGGGCAUUCUAAUCUGUAUCUUAAGCAUUGUACUUGUUUAUAUUUUCCUUUUCUAGAAAAUACAUAGAGAUCAACGCGUA